AUGAAAGCGAGACAAGGAAAGGACCAGAAUCUCUUUAUCGACGAACCAGUGUCAAAAGGUAAUCAGUUGCUCCUUUACCGCAAUCAAGACUCCAAGACGAAGCUCGAACUCUCUAGCGUACCAGAGAGGCUGCGCGAAUUCCUGCUUAUCAGACGACUUAUUAACAACCUCAAAGCGGCCGAAGCUGGACACGAGAUCCCAGCAGCCGUUGAAGAUCCAUCAAGAAUCCGCCUCGAGCACGAGCUGCAGAUGCUCGCCAAAGCCCACGAGGCCGACAUGGACUUCGAGGACCUGCACGUGUCGACCCGCGCCGUCCGCUCCUUCUGCGCCGGCAACAGCAGCAGGCAGUGUCGCAGCUUCUGCUUCAACCUCGGCGACCGCGCCUGCUCCGACGGCGACAUCGGCGGCAACGGCGAGGACUCCCACUUCAUCGAGAGCGGAAUGAACCCCGGGAAGUAGGAGGUCGGGCUCGGUCCCCCCGGCCGCCCGACGCCCGACCGCCCGCCCGACGACGACCACGAUUGCCAUGCCGUCUAUGAUUGAUGCCAUGAUACUCUACACUGUCCUCUGCAAGAUUUCUGCAUCUCUGCUGAUAUUAUAUUACCCUGUACAUUAUCCAAAAAAAAAAUACAGUGAAAAAUUAUAUACAAGCCUAUAAUUGUAUGAUAUGAAGAUACUGAUUUCAAGAAUUCCCUGUCUUUAUUUUUAUUACAUAUAAAAUGAUGGGAGACCCUAGGAAUGCGAACAAUACUUGAGGAGAAAGAGCAAACCUUGCCUUGUUUCCCGUUUUCGUUGAGGUGUACAUGUGUAAACGUAUUUCGCUCUAGUGUCUUUUAUGUUGUUAGCGUGAGCACAAUGAAAUAAUAACCCAACUUCAUAACAUUGCUUAUGGAAUGCUCAGACUUAUAAAUAUAUAUAUUUCUUUCUUUUCUACUUAUACAUGCCUAUCUUUCUUUCAUGUUAUGUCUGUCCAUAUAUCUGUGAACUUUCUGUAUUUCUUUUCGUUUUCAGAUUCUAUAUCCAUAGGAUGAAUAGAACUAGUUGCCUUAAUUUCUAUUUCAAGGUAUGCUUUAGGGGCUGGCUAUUUAUAUAAUAUAUAUAAUAUAUACUGUACACAUAUACCUCUGACCGUUUUCUAUGACUGUGUUUCGAGGAGACUGCUCAUCUGGUUACGGGAAAAUGACACUUCCAGCGGAGGGAAAUAGGGUCGGAUUCGGACUGCCACGAAGUUGAAUGAGACGAGCAACAUAAUAUCAGACUUGGAUUAAAAGCCUGAGUUUGACAAAGAAGAGGAAUGAUUGUAAAUACACAAUAUUUCAAAUAAACGAAAACAAUAGC